AUGGGUCAUUUCACCGUAUUGCUUGGGCUAGUUCUGCUGGCCUCGACGGGUCAAGCUUUACGGUGUCUUCAAGGAACGGUGCACGUUGAUGAUUUGGAUCGAGUGACAUCGAGUCAAGUCGAAGAGGUUGAUUGCGAAGGUGUCUGUGUGACAAACGUCGCCGAUGUACCCAAAAACGGUCAACUGCACAUGCUCUCAUGUCAACAAGCGUAUCGCAAAAAGAAAAUGCAUCUCGGUGAUCGCGUCUGCAAAGAGGAUUUCUGUAACGCUGUGCAGGGAACAGAAUUGGGAGCCUCAAUCCUCGCCGCCUCACCAUCACCCAACAUUGUGGGUCCCGGUGAAUGCUAUGUCGGAUUGAAACACGGCGAUUACUCGGUUGGAGGCACUGAGCUCUGUGACGGAGACUGCGGCACUUUCUCAACGCUCGCCAACGGGAAAAUCAGUUAUCUUUUCUUCUGCGCUCCACGACCAUUGUGCCAGGGAUUCUUGAAAUCGGAUGAUGGGACAAUUGUUCUCGACGGGAAUGUGAACGGCUCUUGCUGCAGUACGGGACCGAAUUGCAAUGCGGAUGGGCUCGUUUCCCCAAUGCCACCACUUUCCACCGAUUUUCGACCACCAAUCGCUUGCUUUUCCGGAAUCACAUUCCAAAAUAAAUUCCUUACUCCGGGUGGUUAUGUUGCGUGCCAAGGCGAUUGCUCAUCGCUCCAAUACAAGCUUCAAUCAAACUUCACAUUCACCAUCUAUGGCUGUGACCCGGGCAGUGUUUGCAAGGGAUUCGGUUUGCAGAACAAAUGCGCGAACAUUGACGACGGAACCUUCUACGGUUGCUGCUGUGACACGGAUGAUUGCAUUGAUCCAACCCUCAUGCCACCAGUUUCACCUGACAACCCGGUGCCUGAGUGGAUUGAAUGCUACGCGGGAGUGCAUAUGAAGUAUACCGAUCACAAUUUCGAUGCCGGUGGUGAGGCGAUUUGUCACGGAUACUGCGGAAGCGCCGUCACUAAGCUCAACUCGACGCUGGUGACAGCUUUCUUCUGCGCUGAUGAGAGUCUCUGCAAUCAACUCGAGGCACACGGUACUUGCGAUCAAGUGACCAUCGGUGACCAAGAGUUGCUCGUUUGUUGCUGUAAUGAUGAAGCCAAUUGUAACAUCAAGGGAAGAGGCAUUCCGACGCCAGCUUCUCCAACAGUGAUUGUUCCGCAGAUGAUUGCUUGCUAUCAAGGACUUUGGGUGAACAAUCAAUCGAUGAGUGAUGGCGAUUUCACCGCUUGCGCUGGCGAUUGUGCUUCGAUCACCCUGCCGACCACAAUGAAUAAUAAACCCUUCGAGGUGACCCUCUUCAGUUGUGAUCCAGCCACCGUUUGCCGCGGACUUGGACUCAUCAAUAAUUGCGCCACGAUCGACAACACGAUUUCUGGGUGUUGCUGUGACACGGACGUGUGUAUCAACCCAAUGAUCAACAAGUAUCCCAACGGCAACUACUCCGAUGAUUUGAGCUGCUUCACUGGACUUGUCGUCGGAAACCCUGGAACUGACAGCUAUUCGGUGAUCGGUGGAGCAUUGCCGUGUCAAGGAGAGUGCGCCUAUUUCAAGAGCAACUACACCGGAAUGCCAGCCGCAGGCUACUUCUGUGCUCCACGGUCUCUAUGCCACCGCCUCGGAGUGCACAACGAUUGCGCCUAUCUCCCUGGCUCUAAUGCCACCUCGGGAUGUUGUUGUGAUUGGGCGGAUAAUUGCAAUGCGGUCAUGGAGAAUGUCACUGUGCCAACGAGUCCACCACCCAAUCGGUCACCCUUGGCUUGCUACAGCGGUCUUUCCUACAACGGAACGAUGCUCCAAGACGCCGAUCGUUACAUGACUUGCCGAGGUGAUUGCGGAUCUCUCACUUUCACCACCACCAUCGGCGGCAAACCACACUCGCUCACCAUGUACAGCUGCGAUCCAACAAAUAUGUGUGCUGCGUUCAAAUUGAAAGACUCUUGCGCUCAAGUGGGCAAAGAUGAUGGCGGGAACUCGUUGAGCGGUUGUUGCUGCUCAUGGAACGAUUGCCUUGAUCUUGGCACUGGACAAAUCAAACCCACUCACGACAAUUUGCAAUGCUUUGUUGGAACGGCCGUCAAUGGAGACAAGGGAUCGAUGCUCAAGGGGCAAUCGGCGCCGUGCAGCGGAAAAUGCGGAUCCAUUCAGACAACAAUCAACAAAGCCGAAACUUGGUCUUUCUUCUGUGCCUCGACGAAAGCCUGUUCUCUCGUUGAAUCCGACACCUCGCAUUGUGCCACUCUUUUCAAUGACAAUAUGGAAUACAUUCGAGGAUGCUGUUGUGAUGAUAGCAACAAUUGCAACAUCCACGGAACUGACGUUGAUGUCACAAUUGCUCCACCAACAAGCAUUCCGGAUAAUCGAUCACCGAUUGCUUGCUACUCGGGAAUAAGCAUGAACGGAGGAGUGCUCACCGAUGCUGACAGUUAUUUGGCUUGUCAUGGAGAUUGUGCAUCAGUCUCCUACCACUCGACAUUCAACGGAAAGAGUGUUGUCACCACAAUCUAUUCUUGUGAUCCAGCCGCCUAUUGCAGAGAUCUCGGAAUGAGUAACAGUUGCGCAAACAUUGACAGCACGGACUCGACAACAACGAUCUAUGGAUGUUGCUGUGAUUGGGAUGACUGUAUUGACACGAACAACAAUGGAAUGAUCAAGCCACAUGACAACAACAACACCCGACCGGACAACCUCGAAUGUGUCGUCGGAUAUUCAAUCGAUUUCGGCGGUGAUCAGGGUGAUCAAUUCUACGGCUCGGCGAUGCCCUGUGAUGGAAGCUGCGCCUCGGUGGAGAUCACCGUUGCCGGCAUGUACAUGACAGGCUACUUGUGUGCACCCAACAACUUGUGCACCUCACUUGACGUAAAGAAUAGUUGUGCGGGACUUGCCGGUCAGCACAAUAUUCUCGGCUGUUGUUGUGAUAAUGCCAUCAACUGCAAUAAUAGACACAAUCUCACCGUUCCGCCGUACACUCCGCCGACGAAAUCCCCGAUUGCCUGCUACAGCGGUCUUGCCGUCAACGGCCAGCUCCUCACCGACGCCAACCAAUACAUGGCCUGUCAAGGUGAUUGCGGACUGUUCAACUUCCACACCAAAACGGGAGAUUUUGACAUCAACGUCACAAUGUUCUCGUGCGAUGGCGUAUCGGUUUGUGAUUCACUCGGAUUGAAAGACUCGUGCAGCUCGCUCGGCACGGUUAUCGAUGGUUGUUGCUGUGGAUUCAAUGACUGCCUCGACAUCAGCAAAAGACAAGUCAAACCAAACCAUGACACGUUGAAAUGUUUUGUUGGUUUGGGAACGAGUGGUCUGCUCUCUUCCACCUAUGGAGACUCGGAGUCGUGCAGUGGGCAGUGCUCAUCGGUGCAAACGAGUGUGAAAGGGCAAAACACGUGGGGUUUCUUCUGCGCCCCCGACGCACUCUGCGAUGCACUCAACAAGACAAACGGUUGCCAGAGCGUUCACGAUCAAAACGGAAAAUUCGUGCGCACCUGUUGCUGCAAUGAUGCCAACAAUUGCAAUCUGAAUAACAGUGAUGCUCCACCCGCACCCACAGCUCUUCCACCAGCACCAGCCAGCACACCGAUCGCCUGCUAUAGCGGAAUCUCACUGAAUGGACAACAACUUGGACCGGACGAUGCCUAUUCGGCUUGCUUCGGGGAAUGCACAUCGCUCAGCUACUGGACAAGACUGUUCGACAACGACUACGUGGCCACCAUUUUCACGUGUGAUCCGAUUCAACUCUGUAAUCACUACGCGAUCAGCGGGGAUUGUGCAACGAUCCUCGGCGGUGACUCAACAAUCAGUGGAUGUUGCUGUGAUUUUGAUGACUGUAUCGACAAAAAGACUGGAGGAAUCAAAAAAAAACAACAAGAUCUUCAACAAUGUUUUGUCGGUUUGGCUUCAGAGGGUUCGAAUGUCAAUAUGACCUAUGGACAAUCGUUGCCCUGUGAUGGACAGUGUGGAUUGAUGGCCAGCAACUUCAACGGACACGAGAUCUACGGCUUCUACUGUGCCUCGAACAAGUUCUGCAACUCGUUGAAUCUCACCAAUCAUUGCAUGAAGAUGUUUGCCGAUGGUGGCACUUAUUUGGAGGCUUGCUGCUGCUCAAAUUCGGACAAUUGCAAUCUCAACAACCUUGACACCCCAAUUAAUCCACCACCGUCAUUGCCUCCCCCGUCGUACCAUGGAGCGCCAAUCACUUGCUUCAGUGGAAUUUCGAUCAACGGUGUUAGAACAACAGCUGCCGACAGCUUCCAGACUUGCUAUGGAGAGUGUUUCUCGAUGACCUACCAAUUGAAUCUCCUCGGUAAGAACUAUGCCGCAACUCUGUUCACAUGUGACCCCUCGGAAAUGUGCGAUCACUUCGGUAUCAGUGGAAGUUGUGCAACGCUCCUCGGUGAACAAGGCUCAAAUGCAAUCUCCGGUUGCUGCUGUAAUUGGAACGAUUGUCUGGAUUGGAACGGAAAGCCAAAAUCCACCAACGUGACGCACCGACCCGAUAACUUGGCUUGUGUCGUAGGAGCCUCCUACAAAAGCGCUGGCGCUGAUGAGCAGUUGUUGGGCAGCUCGAUGCGUUGUGAUGGAUCGUGUAUCUCGGUGGAAACAAGUGUUAACAAUGUCUACUUGACAGGGUACUACUGUGUCGAGCCAUCAUUGUGCACUAAAUUGGACAUGACGAACAAAUGCAAUGCGUUGCUUGGCGAUCAAUAUGCAAAGGGAUGCUGUUGUGACACAGGAGACAAUUGCAAUAAUGUGAACAAUUUGGACGUGCAUCAAUAUACUCCACCAAUGGAUCCACCACUUGCAUGUUACAGCGGUCUUUCCAUCAAUGGAGCCAUGCAAUCCGACGCGAACUCGUACAUGGCAUGCCAAGGCAAAUGUGGUCUUCUCUCUUUCACAACCGUUGUCGGUGAUAAGAGCUAUGAUUUCACGUUGUUUGGUUGUGAGCCUGUUGAUGUUUGUGACCAGCUCGGCCUGAAAGACUCUUGUAACAAGAUCGUCAAUGGAAUGAUUCAAGGAUGUUGCUGCGGGUGGAGUGAUUGUAUCGAUCGAGAGCACAAGUCGGUGAAACCAUCUCGUGAUACACUUCAAUGCUUCUCGGGAAUCGCCACCGAAGGUUCCCAAUACAAUUCGACCAUCGGCACUGCUCAGGCUUGCGAUGGGCAAUGCGCUUCAAUUGCUAGCAGCAUCAACAAUCAAGCCACGUGGGUGUUCUUCUGUGCGUCGAAUAAACUCUGCGAUGCGCUCAAUAUGACGAACCACUGUGACACUUUGUUCACCGACAAUCAGGAUUACCUGGAGGCGUGCUGUUGCAAUGACGACGAUCAAUGCAACGUUAACAAUGCUCAUGUUGACCCAGCUCCAACUCUUCCACCGCCUCCAUCGGGCGUCCCACCAAUCACUUGCUACAACGGCCUCAGCAUCAACGGAAAUCUUCUCACCGCCGGCAACAGCUAUCAAGCCUGUUUCGGGGAUUGCUCAGCGAUCACGUACCACUCAGUCUUUUUGGGCAAGAGUGUCACCACCACAGUGUACGCUUGUGACCCGGCGAGUUUGUGCAGUCAGCUGGGAAUGGAUAGCAAGUGUGCAAAUAUUCAAAGCGGAAACACGUCGACGACAUUGUACGGAUGUUGUUGCACGUACAAUGAUUGCAUCGAUCUAUCGAAUGGGAUGGUAAGCUCAAAGUUUCUUGGUUCAAUGAAUGCC